AUGAAUUCAGACUUGGUUGAGAGCAACUACAGCCCACCAUCCGCCACAGCGUCAGAAACCCGAUGUCGGUGUCGUUCUCCUGAGGGACGUACUUAUGCUAAGCCCUCCUGGCGCUCUUUCAAGUAUCUCAAACAAUGUGUUGUCAAUACCGUUGAUUUGGCUAUUGCUUGGAACUUGGACAAGGUCAUAAUGGCAGCAUAUCGUUGGCUUUCUGAAGAAUAUAGGCACGGAGACAAAAUCUAUCUCAUUGGUUUUUCGCGGGGUGCAUAUCAAGUUCGAGCUAUCGCUGGGAUGAUUCAUCAAGUGGGACUCAUUCUACCAGGGAAUAACGAACAGAUCCCUUUCGCAUAUGAGUUAUACUCAGACUACAAAGAUGAAGAAAGCAUGGAACUAUCGAAAACGUUCAAAAACACUUUUUCAAGAGAGAAUGUAGGUGUGAAUUUUGUAGGAGUAUGGGAUACCGUUUCAUCCGUUGGGUUUUUUAGAGGCAAGACGCUACCAUUUACUACGCGGUCUUGCGACCAUAUCUGCUAUUUUCGACAAGCACUAGCAUUGGAUGAACGUCGCGUCAAGUUCCUUCCCGAAUAUGUCUAUGGUGGGAAAGCAGAUGAAUCUGACGAUACAAGUAUACCGCCCCACAUCAAAUAGGUCUGGUUCGCGGGAACUCACUCG